AUGGCAGACCGCGUUCACAGAAUCACCAUGUUCAAGGCCCCCAAGCCUGAGGACCAACAGAAGCUGAUUGCCGAGUACAAGGUUGUCAAUGCAAAGGCACAGCGAAAUGGCGCCCCGUACAUUCUCUCCCUGACAGCAGGUGUCGCAGAGGCGGACCCGCGCUCCAACGGCUUCACCGUCGUUGCAAAGACCGAAUUCGCCAACCUCGACGACAUGAAGUACUACGACAACGAGUGCAAGGCUCACCAGGACCUCAAGGCCGCCGCCAAGGGGCUCACGAUUGAGGGCAUCCAGACGGUGUACUUUACGCCCCAGGUCGUGGCCGAGAAGCAAUAG